CGCCUUCCCAUGGCGCGAGCCUUCAGCCGCUGGAGCGGGACGGGCAGCAUGUUACGGUUAUCGGUGUUCCGGCUGCUCGGACGCGCCGGAGCGCCUCAGGUCUUGCUCGCGGAGGCCUCUGGUCCGCGCCGCUACAGUUCGCUCCCCCUCUGCUCUCGAGACGAUGUGGGCGACAGGCGCGCCUACUUCACGACGCCUAUUUUCUACGUGAACGCAGCCCCGCACAUCGGACACCUGUACUCGGCGGUCCUGGCGGACGCCUUGUACCGCCACCGUCGCCUCCGAGUCCCCAGCGCCUCCGCCACGCGAUUCUCCACGGGCACCGACGAGCACGGUUUGAAGAUCCAGCAGGCGGCCGCCGCGGCGGGCCUCACCCCGGCCGAGCUGUGCGAACGAGUGUCGGCCCAGUAUCACCGGCUUUUCCGCCAGGCUGACAUCGCCUCCACCGACUUCAUCCGGACCACCGAGCCCCGACACCGGACGGCCGUGCAGCACUUUUGGGGUCUGCUGGAGGCCCGGGGCCUGCUCUACAAGGGGGUCUACGAAGGUUGGUACUGCGCGUCCGACGAGUGCUUCCUGCCGGAGGCCAAGGUCACCCGGCAGCCGGGCCUGUCCGGGGACUCGUGCCCCGUGUCGCUCGAGAGCGGCCACCCCGUCGCCUGGACCCAGGAAGAGAACUACAUUUUCAGGCUCUCGGCGUUUCGGGAGCCGCUCCAACGGUGGCUGCGGGACAACCCCCGGGCGAUCACCCCGGAGCCCUUCUAUCACUUAGUCCUUCAGUGGCUGGAGGAGGAGCUGACCGACCUGUCCGUCUCGAGGAAGAGAAGCAACCUGCACUGGGGCAUCCCGGUGCCUGGCGACGACUCGCAGACCAUCUACGUGUGGCUGGACGCCUUGGUCAACUACCUUACCGUCAUUGGCUACCCAGACGCCCAGUUCGAAUCUUGGUUGCCAGCCACCGUUCACAUCAUAGGCAAGGACAUCCUGAGAUUUCAUAGCAUCUACUGGCCUGCUUUCCUCCUAGGCGCCGGCCUGAGCCCGCCUCACCGCAUCUGUGUCCACUCUCACUGGACUGUCAGCGGCCAGAAGAUGUCUAAGAGCUUGGGCAACGUGGUGGAUCCCGGGACUUGCUUUGACCGCUAUACCGUGGAUGGUUUUCGGUACUUUCUCCUGCGGCAGGGUGUUCCCAACUGGGACUGUGAUUACUAUGAUGAAAAGGUGGUUAAGUUGUUAGAUUCCGAGCUGGCAGAUGCGUUGGGAGGCCUCUUGAACCGAUGCACUGCCACCAGAAUCAAUCCUUCUGGAACCUAUCCGGUCUUCUGCACCAACUCCUUUCCCAGCGAGCCUGGGCUGGUGGGACCUUUAGUGCGUGCUCAGGCAGAGGAUUAUGCUUUGGUGAGUGCAGUGGCCGCUUUGCCCAAGCAGGUUGCAGAGCACUAUGAUAACUUUCAGAUCUAUAAGGCCCUGGAGGCAGUGUCCAACUGUGUCCGGCAAACUAACGGCUUUGUCCAAAGGCAUGCACCGUGGAAGCUGAACUGGGAGAGCCCUGUGGAUGGCCCCUGGCUAAGUACUGUGCUUCAUGUGGCCUUGGAAUGUUUGCGAGUCUUUGGGACUUUGCUCCAGCCUGUCACUCCAAGCCUCGCUGACAAGCUGCUGUGCAGGUUGGGAGUCUCUGCCACAGAGAGGGGUCUUGGAGAACUCUGUUUCUUGCCUCGAUUUUAUGGACAUCCAUGCCCUUUUGAAGGGAGGAGACUGGGACCUGAAACUGGGCUUUUAUUUCCUAGACUGGACCAGUCCAGGACUUGGCUGAUGAAAGCCCAUAGGACCUAGAGACUCUAUCUUAAAUGACUUGUGGUUAAAAAAAAAAAAAAGCAAAUGUAUUACCAUUUUGCAUUUUUAGGAAAGUAAUUUUUCUUUUAACUGUUGCUUUAGUGAGCACAUAAACUGUGUCCCUGUGAGAAGAGGUUUGUAGCUUUUGAGGUGCCUACCUUGCAUUCCUCAGUUCUCUGUGCUCCUUAGCCAUUAUCCUUGCUCAUUCAGUCACUCAAGAGUCUCCAGGGCAAAGAUGGGUUAGAGACAAAUUUGCUGAUAUUUGUUCUCAUUGUGCCACUUCCUAAACUAGUUAUUUGUCUGGACUACCUCUCAUGAUUUUUUACUAGAGUAAAAAAUCUAGUAAUUUUUACUAGAUUUGCUGGCCAGAUUAGAGCCUGAGAGUUGGAGGCCCCUCUGCUGGCCAGAUUAGAGCCUGAGAGUUGGAGGCCCCUACCUCAGCUUUAUAGGGGAGCCUUAUUUUGUUAUUACAUUGAGUUUCCUAUUAAAAAGAUUAUCUUAUUAAACCUUUUGAAAACCAG